AAGCUGCCAUCUGGGCCAUACUUCCUGCAUCCCUCUGGUGACUUGACCCGGGUCUAUAGACUCUACGUUGACGACAACAUGGCCUUUAGUCAGGCUGUGAUUGAGGGCGAGGAUGGAACAUAUUUGCCAUCUACUGCCGCAGUCGGCGAAAGCGUCAACGGGGCACUCAGUAUCCCCGUUCCCUCACGCCAUUACUACCCAAAGCCAUCGCCCGAGAGGCCUCUCUCGGGCUUGCGUCUUGGCGUCAAGGACGUCUUCAACCUCAAGGGGAUCAAGACGGGGGCCGGCUCCAGAGCAUACUUCGCCCUCUAUCCGCCUGCAACUGAGACAGCCCUCUCCCUCCAGCGCCUCAUCCGUCUCGGUGCUGUCAUCGUUGGCAAGCUCAAAACGGCCCAAUUCGCCGCCGGUGAGGUGCCUACAGCAAAUUACGUGGACCAACUUGCGCCGUUCAACCCCAGAGGUGAUGGGUACCAGAGCCCCUCUUCGUCUUCCUGCGGCACAGGAGCAGCCUUGGCGUCGUACGACUGGCUAGACCUUGGUACGGGAACUGAUACCACUGGAUCCAUUCGAGGGCCAUCCAUGGCGAACGGCCUUUUCGGCCUUAGAAUCACUAAUGGGAGUUUGCCUCUGGAUGGAAUUCUCCCUGUCUCGGCAAGGAUGGACACACCCGGUUUGAUCGCCCGAGAUGCAAGGCUUCUACGAACAGCAUACGAGGGUUGGCUCGAGAAAAAGGCCAACUACACCACAUUUCCCCAGAGGAUCAUCUUGCCGCAGGAGUUUUGGCCGUCCCCGAACAAAACAUCCAUGCCCAUCUUCGAAAAGUUCAUCGAUGACCUUUCUGCUCUUCUAGAAGCCAGAGUUGAGUAUGUCAAUACAAACAAUUCCUUCAUUCGUCACACGGGCAACAAGGAAGGGAUCGCUGCUUUCAUCAGUGACUAUCCUCUAGUUUUGGUCAGAGAUCAGUUCCGGGCCCUUGGGCAACCCUUCAUCGCCGACUACCAGGAGGAAUUCGGGCAAUUUCCCUUCGUCAACCCGGUCCCUCGCAGCGGCCUUGCUUUUGCUGCUCAAAUUGAUGAUGAGAGCUACGAAAAUGCGGUUCGUCAUCUCCAAGUCUACAGAGAGUGGUUCACCUCGCAGCUGUUACCGUCUUGCGAGGAAGCCCUGGUUUUAUACCCACUUGGACCAGGGCUUGAAUUGUAUCGAGACGGGUCACUCAACACUUCUCCCCUCACGUCUUCAUCGCCGUAUGUCAACACCUUUCAAGCGGCUGCAGCUGGGCUUCCAGAUUACGCAGUGCCUAUUGGGGCUCAUUCUUUUGACUCAAAGGUGAGCAUGCGUGAGGAGCAGCUGCCAGUGAGCAUCGGAAUUAUCGGAGGUGCUGGAUGUGAUCACAUGCUGCUAGAUUUGAUUGUGAAGCUU